GUUCUCUUUUCUGCUCUUCCUUCUCCCGGUCUCCAGACGUCAGCGGCCGUUGGGUCCUAUGUCGCGCCGGGCCCUCCGGAGGCUGAGGGGGGAACAGCGCGGCCAGGAGCCCCUCGGGCCCGGCGCCCUGCAGUUUGUCCUCCACGAUGACGAUGAUGCGGAAGAAGAAGGUUCAAAGCGGGGUCCAGGUGGCCGACGCCCCCGGAGCGCAGGAAAGGAGGGCGUCUGCGUCAACAACCGGUUCGAGCUGCACGGUGCUGGGGGCUCUUCGCUUUAUUUCAGGGUUGAGCAUUGCCUACGCCAAGCGCUCGCAGGGCUAUUGCAGACAGUCUUGUCUACUCUUCACAGCCCAGGACUGGGUGUUUUGCUCAUCGCUGGGUUCCCCGCAGCAGAUAAACAUUGAAGACCUUGAGGAGGGACCUGUGCUGAAUGGGGAGAGACCCGAUUGUCUGCUCACAGAUGCUGUGGUGUCAGGGAACAAAAGGAGGUCCCAGAGUGGAGGUGCAGACAGCAAGAAAGCUGGAGAAGUGGCUGACAAGGCAGCUCCCCCAGAGCAGUCUAAUAUAAGUGGCAAACUCCGAAAGAAGAAAAAGAAACAGAAAAAUAAGAAAAACACUACAGGAGAAAUUUUGGAAAAUGGGCUAGAAGAUAUCGAUCGCAUCUUGGAAAGGAUUGAGGACAGCAGUGGUUUCAACCGCCCCGGGCCGCCUCCCCUGAGCUCCAAGAAGCACGUCCUAUACGUGGAACACAGACACUUGAAUCCAGACACAGAACUGAAAAGGUAUUUUGGUGCUCGAGCUGUCCUGGGGGAACAAAGGCCAAGGCAGAGGCAGCGUGUGUACCCCAAGUGUACAUGGCUGACGACCCCUAAGAGCACAUGGCCACGGUACACCAAACCAGGUCUGUCGAUGCGGCUGCUGGAGUCCAAGAAAGGCCUCUCCUCCUUUGCGUUUGAGCACAGUGAGGAAUACCAGCAGACUCAGCACAAGUUCCUGGCAGCCGUGGAGUCCAUGGAGCCCAACAACAUCGUGGUUCUGCUCCAGACCAGCCCAUACCACGUCGACUCGCUUCUGCAGCUCAGCGAUGCUUGUCGCUUUCAGGAGGACCAGGAGAUGGCCCGAGACCUCGUAGAGAGAGCGCUGUACAGCAUGGAGUGUGCCUUCCACCCCCUGUUCAGCCUCACCAGCGGGACCUGCCGGCUGGAUUACCGCAGACCUGAGAACAGGAGCUUCUACCUGGCCCUCUACAAGCAGAUGAGCUUCCUGGAGAAGCGAGGCUGCCCGCGCACGGCGCUGGAGUUCUGCAAGCUCAUCCUGAGCCUGGAGCCGGACGAGGACCCCCUGUGCAUGCUGCUGCUCGUCGACCACCUGGCCUUGCGGGCGCGCAACUACGAGUACCUGAUCCGUCUCUUCCAGGAGUGGGAGGCUCAUCGGAACCUGUCUCAGCUCCCAAAUUUCGCCUUCUCUGUGCCGUUGGCCUAUUUCCUGCUGAGUCAGCAAGCAGACCUCCCGGAGCAGGAGCUCAGCUCUGCAAGGGAGCAGGCCUCUGUCCUGAUCCGACAGGCGCUCACCAUGUUCCCCGGAGUCCUCCUGCCUCUGCUCGAGUACUGCAGCGUGCGGCCCGAUGCUGCUGUCGCCACUCACCGCUUCUUCGGACCGGAUGCUGAGAUCAGCCAGCCUCCCGCCCUGAGCCAGCUGGUAAGCCUCUACCUUGGAAGGUCACACUUCCUCUGGAAGGAGCCCGCCACCAUGAGCUGGCUAGAGGAGAAUGUCCGCGAGGUUCUGCAGGCUGUGGACUCUGGGGACCCUGCGGUGGAAGCGUGUGAGAGCAGGCGGAAGGUGCUCUACCAGCGUGCGCCCAGAAACAUCCACCGCCAUGUGGUCCUGUCCGAGGUCAAGGAAGCUGUUGCCGCCCUUCCCCCGGAUGUGACCACGCAGUCUGUGAUGGGCUUCGACCCUCUGCCUCCUUUGGACACCAUCUACUCCUACGUCAGACCAGAGAGGCUGAGUCCCGUCAGCCAUGGAAACACAAUUGCCCUCUUCUUCCGGUCUUUGUUGCCCAAUUACACCAUGGAGGGGGAGAGGCUGGAGGAUGGAGGGGCUGGGGGUCUGAACCGCAACCAAGGCUUGAACAGGCUGAUGCUGGCCGUGCGAGACAUGAUGGCCAACUUCCAUUUCCACGACGUGGAGGCAGCUCGCGAGGACAACCCCGAGGGGGACGGGGAGUGGGACUGAGCCCGCGUGGAUGCCGUGCCCCAGUGCUGUACAAUUAUGUUCCUGAUUGCUGUUCUGGUCGGAAUUGGCCAGUUCCCUGGAGUAGAAAUGCUGAUGUGUCGUCCGCCUGCCUCCUUUGUGUCUCUAUAAAUGUGAAUGGGUUACGCUC